AUGAGGAUCGAUGGUCGGUUGCCAACAAAUCCUGGUAGGCAAGCCGUAGCACAGUCUCGACCAACGAUGUGCAUUGUCAAAAUGCUACGGUACAAUACAGCAUGUUAUUGUUACCCCCUAAGCCUAAUCGUGCAAUGUGACGCUGAGACAAGGCAAACCCCCCGACACUAUAAGCAACUCCAGCUCAUCAAAAUGCAAUCACUUUAG